AUGAACAGGUUAUCAAGUUUUCAAACGAAUAACUCGAGUAAGUUGUUUCGACUCGCUAAAGAAUUGAACGAAACAAAGUUUUUCGAAAUAUUCCUUAAUGAAUAUCAAUAUAAAAUUGUUAAUCAUAUUCUAAACCAAAAUAACCUACAAUUAUGGAAAUCCUUCUUGGAUGGUAGUGUUGUUUUAAACGUGGUGAAAUCCGAUUCCAAUGAGAAUGAUGAAAACGAUGAAAAUCAUAAUAAUGAUGAUGAUACUAUAGAAGAAGGUCACCGUCCAGUCAAAUUCUUAGCAUUGCAUAUAAGGUAUCUCUUAUGGGAAAAGGCAAUUGAUUUCUAUUAUAAUGCAAAAUCCUUGGAUCAGCUGUCCACGGCAAUCAAUGAAGUGUCCGAUGAUUAUGAAUUGAUUGAUAAACUCGAAGAUCUACCCGAUACUGAAGGAGAAUUAAAAGAAGACGUGAACAAUACCACUCCUCCUCCUCCUGCAGUUAUACGAGAGGAAGAAGAUGAUUAUGACGAUGACGAUGACGAUGACGAUGACGAUUCAAAAAAAAAUACGCUUCCUGAUGAUUCAAAACUGGAAGAUUCCAAAUUAAACUAUAACGAUGAUGGUCAAAUCAUAUUAGAAAUCCCAUUAUCAACUUUUAUCCCUAAUAAUAUUCCCUUACCUUCUGCUCCUACAAGCUCUAAUGAUAACACUCUAUUCAAUUCAAGCUCAGAUACGCCUAUACCGGCAUCUUCUCAACAAACAGAACAAUUAAUAAAAGAAUUCAAUAAAGUUUAUCAUAACUUUGAAUAUGACCGUGAAACUCUAAUCAAAAGAAGAAAACUUGAAAAAUCGGAUUUACAACUCGAAGGUACUGAUAAUAAACUGGGCUCAAAUACAAAUAAUGAAGAGACCUCCGAUAAUAUGGGUAUUCAUUUUGGGUCAGCAUCUCAUUCUUUAAAACAUUUACUAGGUAAAAUUCAAAAACAGCGUGAUGAUAUCCCCAUCAAUGAUUAUGAGCUUCGUACUUUAUUCAUGGAUGUCCGUAAAAAUAGAGGUAAAUGGGCUAAUGAUUCUCGUGUCGGUCAGGAAGAAUUGUUUGAAGCUUGUGAAAAAGUUGUUCUUGAUUUAAGAAGUUAUACUGAACAUUCAACCCCCUUUUUAAAUAAAGUUUCUAAAAGAGAAGCUCCAAAUUAUGGUCUCAUAAUUAAAAAACCAAUGGAUUUAAAUACAAUUUUGAAAAAAUUGAAAAAUUUGGCUUAUAAUUCAAAGAAAGAAUUUGUUGAUGAUGUUAUGCUUAUUUGGUCAAACUGUUUAACUUAUAAUGCAGAUCCAAAACAUUUUUUACGGGCACAUGCUUUAGCAAUGCAAAAAAGAGCUUUAAAAUUAAUUCCUUCAAUUCCAAAUAUUACCAUUCGUAAUAGAGCAGAUGUCGAAAAAGAAGAAGCCGAAUUCGAAAAUAAUGAAAAUAAAGAAUCUACUCCUUCUGCUUCUGGUAAAGCUUCUAAAAAAGGCCGUAAAAGAACAAGAGAAAAUCAAAUAAAAACUGAAGAUACUGGUAGCAUAGCUCAAAGUCCUGAGAUUGCAUCUCAAGUAGGUACCCCUAAAGCUUCAGAAACUCCAAUUCCUAUGACUGGUGAUGAAGGAGCUGGUACUGUCGGACCAACCGGUACUGCUGGCGUUGGAGAAGAAGAAGAAGAAGAUCUUGAAGGUGAUGAUGUUCGUGGUGGUGAAAAUGAUCUUGAAAAUGAAGCUGAGGUUGAUCCUGAAUUACAAGCGUGGCGUUCAUUAACAGCAAAGUCUAGGGCUCAUUAUUGUGCAGCCCGUGCUGAAUUGUUUGAUGAUAACAUGAAAUUAAGAUCGGAUGCUCCUGCUAUAAUUCGUGAGUCAAAUGAAAUGAAUAAUUUCAAUCAUUAUCUUGAUAACAAACAGGUUGUAUCUAAAAGCUCAAACUUAUUGGAAAAUGAUGAGCCAUACUUAUUGGAAUACGAUAUCACUGGUGGAUUACCUGGUGUUCAAUAUAAAGGUGUUGAUGACCAAGAGGAAGAACAAAGAGAACAAAAAUUAGUAGACGUUUUUCUACAACAAUCUGGAGGUGAUCCAAAUAAAAUAAAAUCCAAUUUCAUUUUACCUACUGAAUCAGGCUUGAAUAAGAUCUAUUUUGAAAACAUCACCGAAAUUCAGGAAAUCAGAAAAAUCUGUUUUAAAAUUUCUUUAAUCAGACAAAUGCAAACUCAACAAUUUGUUCAUCAUACACAGAUGAAGCAGCCUGAAGUUGAAUAUAUAAGAGAGGUUGAUAUUGACCCCGUUUCCAAAUUACCCAAUCAUGAUCCUCACUCAGCAAAGAUACAAUUUUCUGUCCUUAGAAGAAAUAUCGCCAAAAUUGCCAUGCAAACAGGUUUUGAAACAGCGCAACCAUUUGCUGUAAACACGCUCACGCAAAUUGCUGAAAACUAUAUGGGUAAUUUAAUCAAAUCCAUUAAAUUACAUUCGGAGACUGCCUCCUCGAAUAGGCUAAACGAGAGAGAAAUUUUAUUACUCUCAUUAGUAGAAAAUGGUGUUGAUAAACCAGAUGAUUUGUAUACAUUUGUCCAAGAACGUCUCGUGAAACAAACAGACAAAUUGAAGGAUUUGAGAGUCAAGUUAUCAAAUUUCUUGAAAGAGCUUUUAAGACCAGGAUUAGAAAACUUUAACGAAAGAAGUUUCGAAGAUAACAGUGAACAAUUUAUGACUGGGGAUUUCUCUAACGAUCUUGGUGAUGACUUUUUCGGUUUCAAAGAGCUUGGUUUAGACAAAGAAUUCAAGUUAUUAAGUUCUUCAAUUCCAAUAUAUUUAUUACAUUCUAGAUUAAACAGCUCCUAUAACAGUACUGGAGUUGCAAAUAAGAGUAACAAGUAUGAGGAUUUCAAAGAAUGGGAUAUUAAAAAAUUAUCCGAAGCAGAUAUUAAAGAUCAAAUUGGAUUAUUGCAACCAUUUUACACUAAAUUACUUGAAAAAUCCAAAGCCCAUUACGUCAAAAUUCAAAGAAAAAAAGGUGAACGAACAGAUUUGCCUCCAGCAGAUCAACUCAUGUUGAUUGAAGAUGAAGAAUUACCUCAGAAACAAAGAAACAUCAGACCAAGGUUACCACCAACUGGUAAAAUCUCAUCAGUCAAAAAACGUAUUGUUGCUAACGCUUUCUUCUUACCUGAACCAAGCGAACAAGAAUCAAACACUGAAACUAAUUCGAAUGAUCAAACCAAUCCAAUAGGUAACGACUCGUAUCUGGUAAAGCCAGAGUCUUCAUCUAAACCAGUUUCCCCACAAAAACUUUCUGUCAAAGCAUAA